CCAGUUGGCUCAAGGCAAGGAGCCCCAAACCCGCGCGUGCGCGCGCACUUUCGGAGUGGGCGAGCGGGGCCCGAAUUGCCGCGGAGGCGGGCGUGCAAUGACGCCGCUGUGGCUGGCAGUACUUCUGGUGCCUGUGGCCCUGCCGGGGGCGCUCAUCCUCACGGUGGUGCUCGUGAAGAUCUGUUGCCCGAGGGCCUUCUUCAGGCUGCAGAAGCCCCCUCGGGGCAAGGUGCGCCCCACUUCGUGACCUGGGUAUGGGAGGGCGAGCACCUCUCUAAGUGUUUAACGGAGGAUGUCGAUGCUGUUUGCUGCGUGGGCGCCAAGUCUGGGACCACCUGGCUGACGAACAACGUGCACCAGAUCCGGACUCUCGGCGACCCCGACAAUUUCCUCGACAUGAACACGCACACGAUGCUCUGA